CAUCAUGUUGGAUAUAUCGUGUUUAUAACGAUGUCUGAUAUUGUUUGUGUGUAAAUACGAGGAAUUUUAUUUUACAUAGUUUGACAACGAGAUAAAGCGUAAUUAUCAGAGUAAUAUGCGGAACGUCCAUGGCUGGUGAUUUGUUUCCCGUCGACUGCAUGUGUUGGGGGACGCUUCACCCAAGUGUAUUCAAGAUGUAAAGUAGAGUGUGGAUUAAUUCCGUAAUGCUGAGUUUAGUCUCUGUAGGCUUUCUCGAUUCAGUGUAAUUUCAUGUAGACUAUCGCAUCGCGUUGUCCCUUUAAGAAACGCCUACACCAUCCGUUUAUUGCUGAUUUGCAACGACUAGCGUUCUUGAAUGCUCCGUGUUUACUUAGGUUUACAUUAGUUUACCCGCCCCGGCUCACAUAGUUUAGUGAUCACUCAGCGUUUGGACGUUUGACACAAUGGUUGGACUGUUUUUUCUGCGAUGUGUGGCGAGGACUUUACUGUCAGCACCCAGCAGUAAGACUGUCACGCUCAGAGGGGCAAGCCGGCAUUACUGGACGGCUCUGAGGGGGACCACCGCCGCUGCUUUGGCUAGUGGACGGGCCGCAUUCCUCCUAGGCCUCCCGACUGUUUCUUAUCUGGGUUACGAAGCUUUCCGUAGAGUGCAGAGUUCAGCUGUGGUCUGUGCUUUAGAAAAAGAGGAGGUUAUGGAGCAGGCAGACUACCUGUACAGCUGUGCUGAGACAGAGAAACUCUAUCAGCUUCUACUGCAGUACAAGGACAGUGAUGAUGCACAGUUCCUGUGGAGGCUGGCCCGGGCGUCUCGUGACCUCGCCCUCAUGCCCAAUGUGGCGGCCGAUCGGAAGAAGAUACUGACAUAUGAGGCCUUUGAAUAUGCCAAGAAGGCUCUGGAGAGGGACGAAGGCAGUUUUGCAGCCCACAAAUGGUAUGCAGUGUGUCUCAGUGAUAUCGGAGACUAUGAGGGAGUCAAGGUGAAAAUUGGAAAUUCAUACAUCAUCAGGGACCAUUUAGAGAGAGCCGUCGAGCUUAAUCCCAAAGACGCCACUUCUAUACACAUCAUCGGAUACUGGUGCUUUGCUUUUGCCGAGCUGCCAUGGUACCAACGUAAGAUGGCAGCUGUAAUCUUUGCAACACCGCCUACUGCCACGUAUGAGGAGGCUUUGGCAUUCUUUCUGAAAGCUGAAGAAGUUGACCCCAACUUCUACAGUAAAAACUUGCUAAUGCUCGGGAAGACCUACAUGGCCAUAAAAGACAAGGAAAGCGCUCUACUGUGGCUGACCAAAGCAAGAGACUACCCUGCUCACACACAGGAAGACAAAGAGGUCCAUAAAGAAGCUGCUGAACUCCUUAAGCGCCUAGGAUGAACACCUGAUGAUGAUACCUGUCAAGAAUCUUGGACUGUUAAUUACUUCUAUCAAAACGUCUGUAUUGUUUUCUAACUCUGUAAUUAUUAUUGCAUUAGCACUGUUUAUGGCCUUAUGCACAACUCAUGCCUUUGAGACACCAUAGAAAUUUACGGAUUAACAUUCAACUUGCAGGUAAUUCAAAGCUGCAAUAUGCAGUUUUUUUUAAAUUAAAAUAAUAAAUCGGAUAGAUGAGACAUCUCCAGACUGUGA